UUGAGUCUUAGAAGAAGAAGGUGAGUGAGUCGAGAGAGAGUGUGAAGUGUGAAGGAGAAGACGAAGCUCGAAAUCUCAGCCAUGGCAAACGACCAAGCAAGCUCUGAUGUGGUCUCCGAUCUUAUGGACUUCUUGAACUCCUCGCCUACUGCUUUCCACGCCGUCGAUGUGGCGAAGAAGCUUUUGCGAAGCGCAGGCUACGAGCAGGUCUCGGAGAGAGAGGAUUGGAAACUGGAAGCAGGGAAAAAAUAUUUCUUCACGAGGAAUCACUCCACUAUUGUAGCUUUCGCCAUUGGUAAAAGAUAUGUUGCGGGCAAUGGAUUCUACAUAGUUGGUGCUCAUACUGAUAGUCCUUGUCUCAAACUUAAGCCUGUUACCAAGGUAACUAAAGGUGGCUAUUUGGAAGUUGGGGUCCAAACAUAUGGAGGUGGCUUGUGGCACACAUGGUUUGAUCGAGACUUGACGCUUGCGGGAAGGGUAAUAAUAAUGGAAGAAAAAGAUGGUAUUGUUUCAUAUUUGCAUAAACUUGUGAGAAUCGAGGAGCCUAUAAUGCGGAUCCCAACCCUGGCUAUUCACUUGGACAGGGGGGUUAAUGAUGGUUUUAAGGUGAACACACAGACUCAUCUUCUUCCUGUCUUGGCAACAUCGAUUAAGGCGGAGCUCAACAAAGUUGUUGCAGAAAAUGGUCAGGUUGAAAAUGAAGCUCAGACCUAUGGAAAGAAAUCUAAUGAAAAAACAACCUCUGACAAUUCAAAGCACCACUCACUUUUAUUGCAGCUUCUUGCAAGUCAGCUUGGAUGUAAGCCAGAUGAUAUUUGUGAUUUGGAACUGCAAGCUUGUGAUACUCAACCAAGUACAAUAGCCGGUGCCCAAAAGGAAUUCAUAUUUUCAGGACGGCUUGACAAUCUGUGCAUGUCAUUUUGUUCUCUUAAGGGAUUAAUAGAUGCUACAUCUUCUGAGAGCAGCCUUGAAGAUGAGGCCGGUGUUAGAAUGGUGGCUUUGUUUGAUCACGAGGAGGUUGGAUCUGACUCGGCCCAAGGUGCAGGGUCUCCUGCCAUGUUAACUGCUCUAUCACGAAUUACAAAUUCGUAUACCUCAGAUCCUAAGAUACUUGAGAAAGCUAUACAGAAGAGUUUUCUUGUAUCUGCUGACAUGGCACACGCCCUGCACCCUAAUUAUAUGGACAAACAUGAAGAAAAUCAUCAGCCCAAGUUGCAUGGAGGACUUGUUAUAAAAUCCAAUGCAAAUCAACGCUAUGCGACCAAUUCUGUCACUUCCUUUUUAUUCAGGGAGAUAGCGUCAAAGCAUAAAAUUCCCACCCAGGAUUUCGUUGUUCGCAAUGACAUGCCUUGUGGUUCUACCAUCGGUCCCAUCCUUGCGAGUGGUGUGGGAAUUCGAACGGUUGAUGUUGGUGCACCACAGCUUUCAAUGCAUAGCAUCCGAGAAAUGUGCGCUGUUGAUGACGUGAGGCACGCAUAUCAGCAUUUCAAAGCCUAUUUCCAAGAAUUCUCCCAUCUUGAUUCCAAGAUUAUAGUGGAUUAGUAGGUCUAUUGCAUCUCAUUCGGCUGUUCCAGAAGUAUCUUCUGGUUGCCCUUGUUAGGACCUCACUCAUGAAACCGGUUCAAAACAUAAUUAGGGUAAUAAGGACCGGAAAAAAAGUGGUGAUGCUAUGAAACGUACACCAAUGUUGGGCUUGUGCGAAGUUUAUGAAUUGGCUUUGAGCUUAUUUCAUGCUUUACUUUUGGAGCAACUUAAUUGAUUUACAUUCAAAAUGCAAAAAUCAUGCUAAUUUGACACAUUUAACAAUUUAUCGUGGGCGGGGCAUGUGGACAACCUCUUUACCUGGUUCCACUCCUUUAUUAUUCUAAAGGAAAGAAUAAUUUGU